AUGUAUGUGACUGAUAUAAAGGCAGAAGAUACAGAGGGAGCAGAAGAGACUCCAGCUCUAUCAGCUGAUCCCCCUGAUCCUGGGGAAUGUUCUCCUGAUCACUCUGAUAUUGGUGCAUCUGUUACAGCUCUGACAGUAGACACAGCGUUUCCCUGUUCUAUAGAUGCCAAAUGUUUUCCACAGAACACAAAGGCUCUUAACCCACAGACAGGUAAGGCAGGUGAGAGGCCAUUUCUAUGUUCCGAGUGUGGGAAAUGUUUUACAUACAAAUCGUAUCUUCUUAGACAUCAGAGCAGUCACACAGGUAAGAGGCCAUUUCCAUGUUCUGAGUGUGGGAAAUGUUUUGCACAUAAAUCAGAUCUUGUUACACAUCAGAGAAGUCACACAGGUGAGAAACCAUUUUCAUGUUCUGAGUGUGGGAAAUGUUUUACACUGAAAUCACAUCUUGUUAAACAUCAGCGAAGUCACACAGGUGAGAGGCCAUUUCCAUGUUCUGAGUGUGGGAAAUGUUUUACAUACAAAUCAGCUCUUGUUAUACAUCAGCGAAGUCACACAGGUGAGAGGCCAUUUCCAUGUUCUGAGUGUGGGAAAUGUUUUGCACAUAAAUCAGAUCUUGUUACACAUCGGAGAAGUCACUCAGGUGAGAAGCCAUUUCCAUGUUCUGAGUGUGGGAAAUGUUUUACACUGAAAUCACAUCUUGUUAAACAUCAGAGAUGUCACACAGGUGAGAAACCAUUUCCAUGUUCUGAGUGUGCAAAAUGUUUUGCACAUAAAUCAGAUCUUGUUACACAUCGGAGAAGUCACACAGGUGAAAAACCAUUUUCAUGUUCUGAGUGUGCGAAAUGUUAUGCACAUAAAUCAGAUCUUGUUGCACAUCGGAGAAGUCACACAGGUGAGAAGCCAUUUUCAUGUUCUGAAUGUGGGAAAUGUUUUGCACAUAAAUCACAUCUUGUUACACAUCAGAGAAGUCAUACAGGUGAGAAACCAUUUUCAUGUUCUGAGUGUGGGAAAUGUUUUACACAGCAAUCAAAUCUGAUUACACAUCAGAGAAGUCACACAGGUGAGAAACCAUUUCCAUGUUCUGAGUGUGGGAAAUGUUUUACACUGAAAACAAAUCUUGUUACACAUCAGAAAAGUCACACAAGUGAGAAACCAUUUUCAUGUUCUGAAUGUGGGAAAUGUUUUACACUGAAAUCAGAACAUGUUACACAUCAGAGAAGUCACACAGGUGAAAAACCAUUUUCAUGUUCUGAAUGUGGGAAAUGUUUUGCACAUAAAUCAAAACUCGUUACACAUCAGAGAAGUCACACAGGUGAGAAACCAUUUUCAUGUUCUGAGUGUCGGAAAUGUUUUACACAGCAAUCAAAUCUGAUUACACAUCAGAGAAGUCACACGGGUGAGAAACCAUUUCCAUGUUCUGAGUGUGGAAAAUGUUUUACACUGAAAUCAAAUCUUGUUACACAUCAGAGAAGUCACACAAGUGAGAGGUCAUAUCCAUGCUCUGAGUGUGAGAAGUAAAUCAGCUCUGUUUCACACAAUAGACAUCACACAGGUGAGGAUCCUUUUUAUUCUUAUCACCAUUGCCAUGCAAUGUUCCUCAAGGUUCUUAUCCUAUCUCCUAUGCUUUUUGCUGCCACUGGGUGAAACAAUAAGACGUCAUGCUCUUGUCUACCACUGCUGUGCAGAUGACCUGUCUUUUUCUCUGUGUACUCGGAAACCCAAUACUAAUCCUAAGUGGCUGUCUAGCUGAGCUCCAGGUG